AUGUCUUCAAAUUUACCAACAGAAGAUGAUUCAAAACUUAAACAACUUUGUUUUAAUCUUACACACUUUCAACGAACAGAUUUUGAUUCUGUUCGUUUUGUUAAUUUUUCUCGAAAGAGGGCUACAUUAGCACAAUUACACUCUGAUUUACGUAUUUAUUUGAGAUAUUUACAAAAUUCGAUGAUUGAAUUAAUUAAUGAUGAUUAUGCUGAUUUUGUUAAUUUAUCUUCUGGUUUGGCGGCUUUGAGAGAUUCUGUUGAUAAAGUUAAAAAUAAUAUACAGGGUACUUGGUAUAAUUUUGAAUCAACAAUUUCUGAUUUAGAAAGAUGUGCUCAAUUGGUUAAUAAUUAUUUAUUCCAAUUAAAUAAUGCAAGGAAAGAACAAAUAAUAGCAAAAAAUAAACUUUCUUUAUUACAAUCAAUUCAAAGACUUCAUAAAUUCUUGGAAAAUAGACCUAAAGAAUUUGGCAAUAUUUGGUUUUCAAAAUUAUUUUUAUUAAUUUCUUCAAUCGAAUAUUGGUUAGAAUGUCUUAAAUCUUUUGAAACAUUUAUUUUACAAUUAAAAAUUCCAAAAGAAAAAUGUUAUCGAAAAGCUACAGAUUUAAUUAUUGGUCAAUUAUGCGAAGAACUUAAAUUUAUUAUUAACCAAGAAGAUAAAAAUAUAACCUCAAAAGAACGUGCAGAACUGCGUGUUGUUAAUUUAGUCAUUCAAUAUUUGAGAAAUGAUUCAAAGAAAAAAAUAAAAAUGGAUAUUUUAUUGCAGGAAGUUUUGAAUAAAGUGAUUAAUAUACGUCAAUGUUGGAUUAUUUACUCUCAUUAUUGUAAUAAUUUAUCUGAAGAGGUUGAAACAUUUUUUGAUGUUUGUCUUCUCAAUUCAGUUAUUUCUAUUUUGGAUGAGAAAUUUUCUACAAUUCUUGUUCCAACGGAUGCUCGUCUUUUCCAUUCUUGUUUUAAAUUUUUAAUUGAAAAAUUUAUUUCUUUUUGGCCUACAAAAAAUGAGAUAUUUCAAAUGAGAUUACUUCGAACUAUUCGAGACAAAUUUAAUUUAAUAAUUUAUUUUAAAUUAGCUUCACAGCCUUUGGUUAUUUCAAUUAAGGAACAAAUUAAGCCAGAAGAUUUUAAAUUCAAGUUGCCUAUUGACGCAGAUUCCAAUCCUUGUUUAUGUUCUUAUUCAAAUUCUCUACUUUCCUCGUUGCAUAUUCUUUAUUCUUCUGAUUAUUUUCUUCCUUCUUUGGCAAAUAAAUUUUGGGAAUUUACACUUCAACGAAUGCAAGAUUAUUUGGGAUGGGCGCAAUCAAUAAUAGAUUAUUUUACUAUAUCAAAGAAACAACAACUAGACACUAAUAAAUCAGCACAAUCCACAAUAUCUUCAGAACGAAAGUCUGUCUCUCCUGUUGCUUUUAAAGAAUCCUCUAAUCAAAUAACUUCUAAUAAUAUUACUUCUCAAUCAAUACCAACAUGGCUCGCUCUUGCUGCAUUAUCUCGUGAUUUGCAACUUUUUGACACCAAUCUUUUUCAAUUUUGUCUCUCCACCAUUUGGGAUUAUCUUCGGCAAUUGAAAAUUGACCCAACACCUUUUGGCCAAUGUCUUUCACUAUUCUCUGGUCAAUUAUCUGAAAAAAGAAAGGAAAUUGAACAAAAACUUUUGGAAAUACUUGUAGGGGAAUUGGCUAAGAAUCUUUCUGCCGUUAGCGACAUUCCUCGUCAAUAUCGUUGGACAAAACGUCCUCAACCUGUUGGAUUCUCUACUUAUUUGACUUCUUCUUUUGAAAUAUUUGAACGAUUUGCGGAAGAAACUGUAAAUAAAUUAGGAUUUGAUGAAAUGGAACUUAAUCAUAUUAGAAGCCAAGCAAUGAUAAUUGCUUCUAAUGAUUUUUGUGAACGAGCUGAGAAGGUUCUCGAUAGCGUUGAACAAACUGGUUCAUCACUUUUGAGAUUUAAACAAAGAAAAGCUUUAGCUUCUGGACAAUCGACUGCUGAGGCUGCAAGUGAAUCUGAUGAGUCGAAAAUACGUACUCAACUUUGUUUUGAUGUUAAUUUGGUUAAACAGAGAGCUAAAGAAUAUGGCUUGGCAUCUGAAUAUAUGGAUAGAUUGGAACGGAUAGAACAACGAACAGCAACUUCUGAAAUUUCAACAAAAAUAACGGGCUCUACACCUGAAUGUGCCGAUUAA